UUUAGAACCAGCUAUAACUGAAAGAAAAAUAUUAUGGCAUCUGCACAAUCAGAGGAGUGAAGAGGGAGCCAUGAGUUCUAAACAGCACUGUGUGAGACUCAAUGAUGGUUACAUCAUGCCUAUUCUGGGCUAUGGCACUUCUCAAAAUCGGGAGGUAUUAUGAAAGUAAUUGCUUCUGCCUAUGUAUUUCACUGUUGCUCACCGGAAGUUCUGCAAAGCCUAUGGAAAAGGUUCCUCUGAGUAAGACUUUGGAGUCUACUAAAAUAGCAAUAGAUACUGGGUUCCGCCAUAUUGAUUCUGCUUAUGUGUACCCAAAUGAAAAAGAGAUAGGACAGGCUAUUCGAAGCAAGAUUGCAGAUGGUGUUGUGAGGAGAGAAGACAUAUUUCUUACUACAAAGCUUUGGUGUACAUUCCACCGACCAGAAUUGGUUGACAUUGGCUUAGAGAGAUCACUGAAAAACCUUCAACUAGAUUAUGUUGACCUCUUUCUUAUUCAUUACCCAAUGUCAAUUAAGCCAUCAGAGGCAAUGCUUACGAAAGAUGGAAAUGGAAAAAUAUUAUUUGAGACAGUAGAUCUCUGUGCUACAUGGGAGGCCAUGGAGAAGUGUAAGGAUGCAGGACUGACCAAGUCAAUCGGGGUGUCCAACUUUAACCGCAGGCAGCUGGAGAUGAUCCUGAAAAAGCCUGGACUCAAGUAUAAGCCUGUUUGCAACCAGGUCGAAUGUCAUCCUUAUCUGAACCAGAAAAAGCUGUUGGAUUUCUGCAAGUCAAGAGACAUUGUUCUGGUUGCCUAUGGGGCCCUGGGUUCUCAGCGUCCUAAGGCCUGGGUGGAUCAGAAAGCCCCAUUUCUUUUGAAGGAUCCAGUUCUUUGUGCCAUGGCCAAAAAGCACAAUCGAAGUCCAGCUCAGAUUGCCCUUCGCUACCAGGUGCAGCGUGGGGUCGUCGCUCUGGCUCAAAGUUAUGAGGAGAAUGAGAUGAAAGAGAACAUUCAGGCACUUGAAUUCCAGUUGCCUUCAGAGGAUAUGGAAGUCCUAAAUGGCCUGAACAGAAAUUUCAGAUAUUUUCCCGCGAACAUAAAAAAAAAGCUGGCCUGCAGAAGACACAGCAAAACAGAACAAAGCAAGAUAGUGUAAGACAAAAGCCCUCAUAUCGAGUCUGGACAAGGUAACCAAGUGUGAAGAAAAGUGUUCCAAGAGCAGCAAAAGAGUCAUAGAUACUCCUGCUCCCACUGUUAGGAGUCCCACAAAAAACAUGAAGGUGAAAGCUAUAACAUAUACAGUGGACUUGGUGAGACGCAUGCUGGCCCCAUGUUUGCCGCUUCAGUCUCUGUGAACCCUGCUUCCUUGAUUUCGUGGGCUUAUCUGAUUUGUUUCUAGUGGUGUCCACCAUCCUCUCUCAUUCCUACAGUCUUUCUUUUCUCUCUUCUUCAGAGUUCACUAAUCUCCAAGGAGAGGAACUAAACAGAGACCUCUAACUUAAAUUCUCUUUCCACAUAUGUCUGGCUGUGCUUCUCUGCAUCCAUUCCCAUCUGCUUCUGGAGGAAGCCUUUCUGAUAAUGGCUGGACAAAGCACUGAUUUAUGAGUGUAGCAGAUUAUCAUUAGGAAUCAUUUCAUUGAUUUUCGGGGUGGGGUGGGGUCAGGACAGUAGUGUUUGUGUUCUACCCCAGGUCUCUGGGCAUCCAAGCUCCAGUUACUGGGCAUCCAGGCAAAAUAGCACAUGGGCUUCCUCUUGUGACAGGCCUCCAGUUGAACCGGACUCCCACAAGUUCAUUGUCCCAGCACAUCUUGCAGAAUUACUAAUACCAGAAUAAUGACACCGAAAUGAAAAAGGUGUUUAUGAAAUUCUAGUCAAAGAAUUAAAAGUAACUCAAUCAUAUAAAAAAAAGCUCAAAGAAGAGCUUUGGGGGUCCUGUGGAGGAAAGCUGGAAGGACCUGGAUGGAGCACAAACCUCAAAGAAGACCAAUAGAGACAAUUAACACAGACCCAUGGGGUUUAAAGAGACUGAGAAAUCAACUAAGAAAAAUGGUGGUCUCAACUUAGGGCCCCUGGACAUAGGUGGCCAAUGGGUGGCUUGGUCUUCAUGUGGGGUGCCUGGCAAGUGGAGGGGGGAGCUGUUUUCAACAUGGACUCUGUUGCCUGCUUUCUGAUCACUUCUCCCUGGCAAGGCUGCCGAACCUGGUGGACGAGGACAUGCUCAGUCCUGAUGUGAUUUGACAUGCUGGAGAAGGUUGAUAAGGGAAGGAGGAGUGCUCCCUUUCUCAGGAUGGGAAGGGAGAGGGGAAGGAGGGAAUGGGAAAAGACUUGGAGGAGAGGAGGGAGAAGAUUCCCUUGUGAUGUAAAGUAAAUAAAAUAAUUUUUUAAAAAGAACAACAAAAAAAA